GUGGCAAGAUUUGUAUCGGUCACGUGAUUGGCAUCCUUUUCUUCUUGACCAUUCUCCACCACGAAGAAAUCAACGCCCUUGACAAUCUGCAAAGCUCAAACUGACACAGACAGGGGAAGAGAGCAGCGAUGGAGUCUCCUUUCAAGGCUGAUGUCCUAAAUGGGAAGGUGGCUCUCAUAACCGGAGGCGGCUCCGGGAUCGGCUUAGAGAUCUCCACGCAGUUCGGCAGGCAUGGCGCCGCCGUCGCCAUCAUGGGCCGCCGCCGCCAGGUCGUCGACGCGGCCGUCGCCGCCCUCCGGUCCGAGGGGAUUCGGGCGAUUGGUGUUGAGGGGGAUGUUCGUAACCAGGAAGAUGCCGCCAGGGUGGUGGAAGAAACGUUUAAGCAUUUUGGGAAGCUUGAUAUUCUUGUCAAUGGGGCAGCAGGGAAUUUUCUUGCGUCACCAGAGGAUUUGUCACCUAAUGGUUUUCGGACAGUUAUGGACAUUGAUUCUGUUGGGACAUUCACUAUGUCCCAUGAAGCUCUGAAGUAUCUAAAAAAGGGAGGACCUGGAAAGGGUCCAUCUGCAGGUGGCAUUAUUCUGAAUAUUAGUGCAACUUUGCACUACACGGCUUCUUGGUACCAGAUUCAUGUAUCUGCAGCCAAGGCGGCAGUUGACAGUAUCACAAGGUCAUUAGCCCUAGAAUGGGGAACUGAUUACAGUAUAAGGGUCAACGGCAUUGCACCAGGACCAAUAGGAGACACUCCUGGAAUGAGGAAACUUGCACCAGAAGAAAUGCAGAACAAUUAUAGUGAACUUGGGCCUCUGUAUAAGCUGGGGGAGAGAUGGGAUAUUGCAAUGGCUGCCCUAUAUUUGGCUUCUGAUGCAGGCAAAUAUGUGAAUGGGACUACGGUGGUCGUCGAUGGAGGACUUUGGUUGAGCCGCCCUAGGUACAUUGCCAAGGAAGAAGUAAGAAAGUUAUCAAGGGUCGUGGAGAAGAAAUCGAGGAAUUCAGCUGUCAACAUCCCAACCAGCAAACUGUAGUCGGUAGCAGUGCCUCUCUGUUAUUCACGAUAUUCUCGUAUGUCUGAAGCUUGAUGCUUGAUAUAUACUACCACGCAAUGAUUUCCGAACAUCAUCCCUUGAGAUUUCUCAUAUCAAAAUUUCGAAAGUAACUUUCUACGAUUACAUACAUUCUGGGUUUUAUUUGUACCUAAUUCUAGACAAACCAUAAUUGCACUUGGAGACAAAUUAUAAUUUUCUGUUUGUACUACCAAGUUUUCUAAUUGAUCUUUUUUCCUCUUCA